AUGGAUUACACCGCCGUACCUGAAGAAGGAAAAACGGCGGAUCCGCCGCCGCCUCUACCGUUGCUACGGGAAUUAAUAGACGAGAUCCACUGCCUUCCGUUCGACGCCGCGACUUCCCCGCCGCAAAAGGUCCCCUGGCCUAUGGUAUCCAUCAGAAACCACCAGGACGACAAUGACGUCGGCGGCAGCUAUACCCCGAUCAUCUUCCCGCCCAUCAACCACGAAAACCUUCAAAUUCACACAGAAAAAUCUCCGAUUUCUCAUAAAAUCCCCCAAAUCACCGCCGAUUUCCGGCAGCCAUCAGUUUCGGAUUCGGAUUCGCACUCAGAUUCCGAUUCGAGCUCCUCGUCGUCGGAAUUCUCGCCAUCGUAUUCGAGCCCAUCCUCGCCUUCACCUUCGCCGGAUUUCUCAGAUCUCGUGCCGGCCCCGGCAGCCGUUUCCCCCGGACGCUGGAUCGAUUCGUUGUCGGAGAUGCUACGUGCCAAGGGUAACAGCAUUGUGCGGAUAAUCUGGACCAACUUGCUUGGUUCCUCGCUAGGGACACUGUUGGCUUUUCGCUCCGCCGCCUUGGCGGCCGUCCUGUUUGCGUUCCUGUACUUCCGGCGGCGGAGGACGGUUAAAAACAGUUUACGGCUCGUCGGCAUAAUCAAGGAGAAAGAUGAGAAAAUCAACCAGCUGUUGGAUCAAAUAUCACGGAUGAAUCAAAUUCUGCUUGCACUUCAUAACAAAGUUCCAAAUGGCUCCACCCGUUGA